GCCCAAGCGCGGCGGCCUCGCGCCCGGAGGAGAGCCGGGCCGGCGCCAUGGCGGGCGGCCACCGCCUGCUGCUGCUGGAGAACGCGCGCCAGGUGGUGCUGGUGUGCGCCCGGGGCGAGCGCUUUCUGGCCGGGGGCGCGCUGCGCAGCCUGGCGGUGCUGGAGGGCGCCAGCCUGGUGGUGGGCACUGAUGGGCUCAUAAAAGCUAUCGGUCCUGCUGAUGCUAUCCAGCGUCAGUUUUCUGAAGACACUUUUGAAGAAAGAAUUGAUUGUUCUGGGAAAUGUGUCCUACCAGGUUUGGUGGAUGCACAUACACAUCCUGUCUGGGCUGGAGAAAGAGUUCACGAGUUUGCAAUGAAGUUGGCAGGAGCCACCUACAUGGAGAUCCACCGGGCUGGAGGGGGCAUCCACUUCACGGUGGAGCGCACGCGCCAGGCGGCGGCGGAGGAGCUGUUCGGCGCCCUGCAGCGGCGGCUCCAGUGCAUGGUGCGGGCGGGCACCACGCUGGUGGAGUGCAAGAGCGGAUACGGCCUCGACCUGCCCACGGAGCUCAAGAUGCUGCGCGUGAUCGAGCGCGCCCGCCGGGAGCUGCCCAUCGGGAUCUCGGCCACCUACUGCGGGGCCCACGCAGUGCCCAAAGGGAAGACUGCCACUGAAGCUGCUGCUGACAUUGUCACUAGCCACCUCCCAAAGCUGCAGGAACUUGGCAGAAACGGGGAAAUACAGGUUGACAAUAUAGACGUGUUUUGUGAGGAGGGUGUCUUUGAUCUGGAUUCCACCAGAAGGAUUCUUCAGAGCGGGAAGGAGAUGGGGCUACAGAUUAACUUCCAUGGGGAUGAACUUCACCCCAUGAAGGCUGCGGAGCUGGGGGUUGAGCUGGGAGCCCAGGCCAUCAGCCACCUGGAAGAAGUGAGUGAUGAAGGGAUCACUGCCAUGGCCAAGGCCCAGUGCUCUGCUGUCCUCCUGCCCACCACGGCCUACAUGCUGAGGUUGAAGCAGCCUCGAGCCAGGAAGAUGUUAGAUGAGGGAGUGAUAGUCGCCCUGGGCAGUGAUUUCAACCCCAAUGCAUAUUGCUUUUCAAUGCCAAUGGUCAUGCAUCUAGCCUGUGUAAACAUGAGGAUGUCUAUGCCUGAGGCCUUGGCUGCUAGCACCAUCAACGCAGCCUAUGCACUGGGAAAAUCUCACAUGCAUGGAUCUCUGGAGGUUGGCAAACAGGGAGACAUCAUUAUCAUCAAUGCACCCAGAUGGGAGCAUUUGAUUUAUCAGUUUGGAGGCCAUCAUGAAUUAAUUGAGUAUGUUAUAACUAAAGGAAAAGUCAUCUAUAAAAAAUGAUAGAUCUGGAAGGA